GCGGCUCCCGCCGGGGGCGCUCUAGCGCCGCAGCAGCCGCCAGAGUACGCGUGGGCGGAGCCUCAGCCUUCGGUCGGCUGGCCAGGUGUCCCGGCCGCUGAGGAGACUCCAGCCAAUAGGGAUGUGGGGCUGCUGUCCUGUCGGCCAAUCACGGGGAGGGGAGGGCGUUGGCCAGCUUGGCGCUGGCUCCGGGAAUAUGGAGCCUUCGGCGUGGGGGCGGCGUGUCAGGUGGUUGCGGAGCUGAUGGUCUCAAUGUCAGGUUUUUCAUUCAACUACAAAACGGACUUAAAAGUCCAGCUCAGCAUCCUAUUCUAAGAACUCAGGCACUCAGCUAUCCACCAUGGUGUUGGGUCCUGAACAGAAGAUGUCAGAUGAGUUUCGCUCUUGUUGCCCAAGCUGGAGUGCAAUGGCACGAUCUCGGCUCACCACAACCCUUCUGGGUUCAGGCAAUUCUCCUGCCUCAGCCUCGCAGUGUUUCUGGAGAACAUGAUGAGUCGGCCAGUCUUGGUACCUUCAACCCUGCCUGUAGUAAUCCCUCUCUUCCACAGUCCUCUGGGAACUCAGAGGAUGAGUUCACCACUUACUUUAAUGAGAAGAUCUCCAUUCCUGAGGAGGAGUACUCGUGUUUUAGCUUUCGGAAACUCUGGGCUUUCACUGGACCGGGCUUUCUUAUGAGCAUUGCCUACCUGGAUCCAGGAAAUAUCGAAUCUGAUUUGCAGUCUGGAGCAGUGGCUGGAUUUAAGUUGCUCUGGAUCCUUCUGUUGGCCACCCUUGUGGGGCUGUUGCUCCAGCGUCUUGCAGCUAGACUGGGAGUGGUCACUGGGCUGCAUCUUGCUGAAGUAUGUCACCGUCAGUAUCCCAAGGUCCCACGAAUCAUCCUGUGGCUGAUGGUGGAGUUGGCUAUCAUUGGCUCAGAUAUGCAAGAAGUCAUUGGCUCAGCCAUUGCCAUCAAUCUUCUGUCUGUAGGAAGGAUUCCUCUGUGGGGUGGUGUUCUCAUCACUAUUGCAGAUACUUUUGUAUUUCUCUUCUUGGACAAAUACGGCUUGCGGAAGCUAGAAGCAUUUUUUGGCUUUCUCAUCACUAUUAUGGCACUCACAUUUGGAUAUGAGUAUGUUACAGUGAAACCCAGCCAGAGCCAGGUACUCAAGGGCAUGUUCGUACCAUCCUGUUCAGGCUGUAGCACUCCACAGAUUGAACAGGCUGUGGGCAUCGUGGGAGCUGUCAUCAUGCCACACAACAUGUACCUGCAUUCUGCCUUAGUCAAGUCUAGACAGAUAAACCGGAGCAAUAAGCAGGAAAUACGAGAAGCCAAUAAGUACUUUUUCAUUGAAUCCUGCAUUGCUCUCUUUGUUUCCUUCAUCAUCAACGUCUUUGUUGUCUCAGUCUUUGCUGAAGCAUUUUUUGGGAAAACCAACGAGCAGGUGGUUGAAGUAUGUACAAAUAGCAGCAGUCCUCAUGCUGGCCUCUUUCCUAACGAUAACUCGACACUGGCUGUGGACAUCUACAAAGGGGGUGUUGUGCUGGGAUGUUACUUUGGGCCUGCUGCACUCUACAUUUGGGCAGUGGGGAUCCUGGCUGCAGGACAGAGCUCCACGAUGACAGGAACCUAUUCUGGCCAGUUUGUCAUGGAGGGAUUCCUGAACCUUAAGUGGUCACGCUUUGCCCGAGUGGUUCUGACUCGCUCUAUUGCCAUUAUCCCCACUCUGCUUGUUUCUGUCUUCCAAGAUGUAGAGAGUCUAACAGGGAUGAAUGACUUCCUGAAUGUUCUACAGAGCUUACAGCUCCCCUUUGCUCUCAUACCCAUCCUCACAUUUACAAGCCUGCGGCCAGUAAUGAGUGACUUUGCCAAUGGACUAGGCUGGCGGAUUGCAGGAGGAAUCUUGGUCCUUAUCAUCUGUUCCAUCAAUAUGUACUUUGUAUUGGUUUAUGUCCAGGAACUAGGGCAUGUGGUGUUAUAUGUGGUGGCUGGUGUGGUCAGCGUGGCUUAUCUGGGCUUUGUGUUCUACUUGGGUUGGCAAUGUUUGAUUGCACUGGGCAUGUCCUUCCUGGACUGCGGGCGUAUGUACCAUCUGGGAUUGACAGCUCAGCCUGAACUCUAUCUUCUGAACACCAUGGAUGCUGACUCACUGGUGCCUAGAUGACUGACGGCCUGAGAGACUAUAUGAGAACAAGUUUCUCUAAGCCCCUUUGUGCCAAGUGUCCUGUUAACAUCUCUGUUAGUUCAGAGGUGAGUUUUGUUCAGACGUUUUGAACAAAAGGCCAAGAUUUCCUCAUGGGAAGGGUGUUCAAAGCUGACGGCUAUAAAUGUAGGUCAGAGACCCACACGCCUCACAACAGUCACACACUCCCAGAGUUAAAUGAUGGGCCUCUGGUGGCCACACACCCCUAUGGGCUUGUGUCUUGGACUCUGGGAUUUAAAAAAUAUAUAUGUAUAUAUAAUUACGUAAACCUGAGCAUCUCAGUUUGGGUAAAGUGUUAAGGUUAUAUGAAACUGAUAGAGCUUUUGUAUUUUUUUAAAAAAAUUUUGUUUAGAUAAAUCAGAUAUUUGUUUUCUCUGGAUCACAAGUGAGAAAGGAAAGAGAAUAAUGCCCUUUUUCACAAUGAACUGGUCAAAUUGACUAUCUUGUAAAGUGAUAUUUUACUAUGUAAGUUAAAUUUCACUUUGAUCGUAAUGGACCAGAUAAAAUCUUUGGUAUCUAUUGAUAUUAACACAUCAUUUCUUAAAAAAAAAUUUUCUCUAUUUGGCGAUCAUAAUUAACCCAGGUUAUCAGCCUGUUUCGUAACUAUUGUCUUUGUUGUCACUUUUCUUGAAUUGUUUUCUAGUCAUUAAACAAAUAUGAAGGCAUUUGCCAAAGAGCUUUAAUACCCAGUAACAAGAUCCAGAGACCAUACUUUAAUCAGUGAUCAGUUUUCCGUGCUGCAUUGUAACUCAGCUCAUUCUGGCAUUCAAGUUUUAGGCAGAAAAAGAAGAAACUCCUCACAUUUAACUUGUAAGGCCUGACAUAAGAUAGUGAAGAUAUUAAUCUUCUUUCUAAUAUUUGUAUAGUUCUCAGUUUAGUUUCUUCUCACUAUUCCCAUCAACACGCCAAACAUCAUUUCUAGGUCCAAAGUCUGUUUCUAGGAGUGGCUAAUAUUUGUAUUGUUGAAACUCUUAGGGAAUGCCAAAUAUUUUACUUUAAAAUAUUCAGCACUUUGGGAGGUCGAGGUGGGCAGAUCACGAGGUCAGGAGUUUGAGACCAGCCUGGCCAACAUGGUGAAACACUGUCUCUACUAAAAAUACAAAACUUAGCCGGGCAUAGGGGAGGGUGCCUGUAAUCCCAGCUACUCAGGAGGCUGAGGCAGGAGAAUCAUUUGAACCCUGGAGGCAGAGAUUGCAGUGAGCCGAGACUGUGCUAUUGCACUCCAGCCUGGGCAACAGAAAUAAAAAUCUAUACCAAGUAGCACGAGAUUAGUACUAGACUGAGAUUUGGAAGAUUAGUCCACAUAUGACAAACUGCUUGCCUACACCUAUAGAUUGUUUUUUUCAGCCAUCUUCCUAACCACAAAUUUGUUUCCUUAAUUUUGUUAUUGUUGUCUGUUGUUUUUUUGAGACAGAGUCUUGCCCUGUUGCCCAGGUGGGAAUGCAGAGACGUGAUCUCAGUUCACUGCAACCUCCAUCUCCAGGGUUUAAAUGAUUCUUCUCCUUCAGCUUCCUAAAUAGCUGGGAUUGCAGGCACACCCCACCACACCAGCUAAUUUUUAUAUUUUUAGUAGAGAUAGGGUUUUACCACGUUGGCCAGCUGGUCUCACACUCCUGACCUCAAGUGAUCGGCCUUACUCAGACUCCCAAAGUGCUGGGAUUAUAGGUAUGACCCACUGUGCCCAGCCUUUUUUUGUUGUUUUUAAGACAGGGUCUUGCUUUGUUGCCCAGGCCGGAGUGGAGUGGUGUGAUCUCAGCUCACUGCAACUUCUGCCUCCUGGGCUCAAGCCAUCCACCCACUUCAGCCUACCAGGUAGCUGGGACAGCAGGCACACACCACCAUGCCUACCUAGUUUUCGUAUUUUUUGUAGAGAUGAGGUUUCACCAUGAUGCCCAGGCCAGUCUUGAACUCGUGAGCACAAGCAGUCGGCCAGCCUUGGCCUCCCAAAGUGCUGGGAUUAUGGGCAUGAGCCACCGCCUCCAGCCCACUCCUCAUUUCUUUCUAGCCCCAAACGUGUUGAGUCUGCAAAUCCUGCAGCCUUUGUGUGACGUGGAGCAUCACUUUCCCCUUUCAGCAUUAAAUAUGUGACCUCUCUGCCUUAUUUCUGAACUUACUACAUUUCAAUAAAACUUUUUAAAAAUCCA